GUGUGUGUUUCCUGUCGGCUGAGUUUUCAGAGCCGCAUAAGUAGCUGUGGUUCCCGAUUCCGGGAUGCUGCCUGGACGGUUCUAUGGUUCCGGCUUCACAUUUGCACAAAAGAAACCAACAGAGAGCAGGAGGAAGCCGUGUUUAUGUUUUAGAAGCUGCCGGAAGUAGGUGCAGGCGGAAACUAGCUGUGAACGGCUCCGGUCCUUUACGCGUGUGUAGGUGGCGGCGGCAGCGGCCGGAGCCUGCUAACCAGUCCGACGCCUCUAACGGGCUCCUGGAGUUUCUUGCAGACAUUGUUUAAAACAUAAAGGCACCGUUUGAUCUCCGUGUCCAGACCGGCGACGGAGGGAUGUUCGGUGUUUGUGGAGGAUCCGGUGAGCUUCAGCGUCAGCACGUGAGAGAAGCAGAUGGCCACUACUGCACAUGCGCCUCAGAGCUAAAGUGGCGACCGAGCAGAGAGGCAGGAAGCAACCGCCGAAUGUGCCGCAACAGGACAUGUCGUCUGUGAAGAUUGACCUGUGAUGCACUGAAGCAACGCUUCAUCCAUGGCAUCAUGUUGGGUGUGAUGAUGCACAUUGUAGAAGAAUGGUUCUUGCCUCCACCAUUUCCCAUUCCAGAGCAGGGGACAGCACCACCUGCCACUACUGCCUUACGGGGCUUCUGAAGAGGCUUUUCGACGAUGGAGGACGUUUCCAUGGCAAACGUGUCCCAGGCCUCCAGGUCUCCACCACUGCCCGUCUUGCCGACAACCCAGACCCCGGAGAUCCUGCAAGGUGUCAGCCUACCUCUGCAGGUCUUCUUCAGCUUAGUCAUGGUUGUUAUUUUACUGGUGGCCCUAGCAGGUAAUGUGGUGGUGUGCCUAAUGGUGUACCAGAGGUCCGCCAUGCGUUCUGCCAUCAACAUUCUCCUGGCAAGUCUGGCGUUUACAGACAUGAUGCUGGCCAUCCUCAACAUGCCCUUUGCUCUGGUUACCGUCAUGACAACCAGCUGGAUCUUUGGAGAUGUGUUCUGUCGGAUUUCAGCCAUGCUUUUUUGGUUCUUUGUGAUAGAAGGCGUUGCCAUACUGCUUAUAAUAAGCAUCGAUCGUUUUCUGAUUAUUGUCCAGAAACAAGACAAGCUGAGUCCGCAGAGAGCUAAACUCCUUAUCAUGGUCACCUGGGGGCUCUCUUUUGUUUUCUCCUUUCCACUGGCUGUUGGCUUCCCUCCUCUGCAGACCCCCCCCAGGGCCCCCCAGUGUGUGUUUGGGUACAGCACUGACCCUUGGUACCGCACCUAUAUGUUGAUCCUCAUGCUGAUUUUUUUCUUCAUACCUUUCUUGGUCAUGCUUUACACAUUUAUGGGGAUCCUGAACACCAUCCGCCAUAACACCAUCCGGAUCUACAGCCACCCUGACAGCAUGUGUCUGAGCCAGGCCAGCAAACUGGGUCUGCUGAGUGCCCAGAGGCCCUUCCAGAUGAACAUAGACAUGAGCUUCAAGACCCGUGCUUUCACCACCAUCCUCAUCCUCUUCUCUGUGUUUACAAUGUGCUGGGCACCCUUCACUGCCUACUGCCUGGUCACUGCCUUCAGUGCUGGCUUCUACCACAAAGACAGCUUUUUUCAAACUAGCACGUGGUUCCUGUGGUUGUGCUACCUCAAGUCUGCCUUUAACCCUCUCAUUUACUACUGGAGGAUCAAAAAGUUUCGUGAUGCCUGUCUUGAUUUGUUGCCCAAAUACUUUACGUUUCUUCCCCAACUUUCAGGCAACACAAAAAGGCGCAUCCAACCAAGCGCUGUGUACGUAUGUGGAGAGCAUCGCUCUGUGGUUUGAAGGAAAUAAAACUCAGCCUGUGUUCAGAGUCCGUUUUGAUCCCAUGCGACCUGAUUAGUGGCUUUGGUUCAUUUCUGUGUACUCAGGGUGGAAGUAGCACUGCCUUCAGGAAGGCCGGAUGUGGGCCGGAGUGGGUUGUUGCUACAGGAAUAAGAGAGAUUUAGAGUCCUUUUAUGGGUUUAGAAUUGAGAAAAAAAGCCAAGAAUUUUUACUUAUCGAUAAGAGAUUUUAUUACAACAUUAUUGACACUAAGACAUGCCUACCCGAGGGGCUAAUUACUGCCCUUCUCUGCCCAAUAAUCUUUGGCUGUGUCCGAAUUAAGGGGCUGCUUCCUUUGAAGGACUUGGUCCACAAAGGCAGAGUCGUUUGUGGACCAAGGAGAAUGGUCUAGCUUUCAUAUUUAUUCCACCCUUAAGUCAAUCCUUUCGCCUUAGCAACCAUGGAAAAUGGUAUACCAAUACUUGCCAUACUUGGCAACACAGGGAGAAGUAAGGGACCCACCGUACGAGCUCAGUUACAGACGUAACUUUCGUACCACCAGAUAAAAAAGUUCUAAAUCAUACACAGUAAGUUGAUAAGUAGAUAAAUACAUUAAACUGUAGUAGCGAAUUGCUGGUUAGUGACAAAGUAGCUUGAGAUAUUUUUCAAGCUGACUAUUUGUUUCUAAUUCACUGUUAGCAUUGUUAGCUCAACGUUAGCCUCGAGCCUUCUGCACCCGAUAUCAGCGUAAAACUAAAAGAUACCGUAGCUUCUCUGGGGUACAAGAAAUGAUUAUGGGUCGCUCCUAUUUACUGGCUUAGGUCCUGCGUUUUGCUGGUUAGUGACAAAUUACAGAUGCUGGUGCAGCAGCUUUAGAGUGGUGCAGACGAGGUGACCCUGCUAUCUCACAGAUACUAAACAAAGACCACGCCCUUCUUUAGCCACUCUGUAAGAAGAAAAACUGGCCUCUUCCCUGCCGGCUGGGACGGAAAUCUGUUUCAGCACAAUCUUCCUUCCAACGUGGUUGAGGCACUGUAAAAUUCUUACUUAUUGUGCCAUUAAGAACAUAAUCCUCUCCUGCGCCUGGGCCAGUCAGGAUACACCAGACCUCUCCUUGAAAACCAGGGAAAGGAAGGGGCAUUAGGAGGAUUUGAAUUUGACAGCCUUCAUUGCUUUGCUGUGCCUUAAAAUGUGUCACUGGAAGGAGGCAGGGCCCUGAACUUGAAUGCAGUCAUUGUUUAAAUAUUUUUUGUUUUCAUUCAGCCAAAUUAUGGGACAGAUGCAGAGCUGCUGGAAGCACUAAUCACCAUGGAGACAAACUAGGUACUUGAACAUGACACUGUUUGGAAGAAAAGGACCAUCCAAAGGGAAGGAGAACACAGUUUUGGGUCCUUAGACCCUUAAAUCUUAAUGUGAAGAUUCAAGUUCAGCGGUGUAAACAGGUGACCUGAGACCAGUUGUUAAACCACUCCACUGAGUUAGCUCGCUUAGCUUGUAGCAACAUUGGCUCAGAGUUUGCUGGGUGUCGAUCAUCUGCCCCCACCCUCACAGCCCCGCUCUCAGCUCAUUUGAGCAUUUUCCAGGAGUGACGAGACACGUGACGCAGCCAAGAUGGCGGUGGUGGGAUACGCCCAUUUGGCUUUAGCUCUUCAGAAACCUACGGGUGACGGCGCGUAGGAUUUGUCCAUUUUAUUCAUACAGUCAUUGGUCCAGACAGGUGGAACAGUACCAACGCUGUCCAACAUGAUGGAGUCAUGGUUCACUAGAACAUGUUUGUUGCGCUGAUGGGGGGGGGGGGGCAAUGGGUUUACCUGCUGUAUAUAAAAACAACGGGUGGAGCGCCGAAGCAUCGGUGAUCUCAUCUAAUCAAACUGCUGCCUUUAAGGCUCAGAGUGGGUCUGAGGAGGUGUGACAUCAUCUGUUUUAGGUUUGCUUUGUGUUUAUUGUAUUAUGGUUUGUAGAAGUCUACCUAUCAAAGCCAAGUGAGUUUAAUUGUUUUGCCAACAUUAGCUAUAUUAAACAAUAUACUCUGUAAUUAUUAGUUUUCAGCAGUUAAAUACAGCUUUUCCAGCCCAGGAGGCAUUUCCAGACUAGACCUCAGCCUGACACGAUGACUGCAGCAAAGACGCGCUGCACUGGUUCUCCUCUCAGGUGUCAGGAGGACAAAAAGACCUUUAACUGAAGUUGGUGAGAGAAGGAAGCCAGAAGGUCCCUUCCUGACUCCUGAAAUGCACACAGAGGUGAGAAUCCCAGUGGGAGGAUUGUAUCUGAUGAUUUUGUAUUUAUUUCUCUGAGAAGGUUUACUCAGCACUGGGCGGGAAACAGAUGGCGUGUUUACUAGUGUCACUUAUCUCUACAAGCAUGUAAAUGACCAGCUUAAGUUAAAGCAGCAGCAGCACAUGUGUGUUUGUAUCUACAUGUUUUGAUUGUGCCUAGGGUCUGAAUGCUGCUAUGUCUGGUGAAAAUGUGCAAUUUCUGUGUACUGUUGAAUGUAAUAAAGACCUGGACAUUUCUUACGUUGCUAAA